AUAAAUUUCAGACGUUGAUCGAUCACAAUCCUAACACGUUUUGCCAUUCAAACUCCCAAAUACGACUUUUGAACACUCAACCAACAUUGACCUAAUCACUCAUCUACUAUCAACACUCACCAUGUCUGCCACCCCGCCUCAAGCGGACACACACUCCGUCUUUCUCCAGGGGUACCUUUCGAGCCCAGAGCAUUUUUACGAAAUAGUCUUACACGGCAUUGAUCCGCGACAAUACAAACGGACCCGUAGACGAUUCCAAGCACGACUUCUAUUCAAACAAGCAGCCUUCAGCGGAUAUAUGACGGAUGCCGAUCCUACUACGAACCCUAUGCAUGGGCAAGUAGGCCUCUACGUCUCAGGGUUGACCACCCUGGAAGUCCAAAAAAUCGACGAUAUUUCACGGCACGUGUUCAUGUCGCCUUGUUUCCAAGUGCAGGGCAACGUAUCAUUGAUGUGCAAUCAUGGCACCGUCUACAUGAGAGAGGUCACUCUUUGGAUUGGGGUCACGAGAGACUUACUGGCGCAACCCUUGAUCGAUUCUCAAAAUCAACAAUUUGCCGGCAAUGGAAGUGGAUUUGGGAGUGGGAAUGCGAACAAUAUUGCAAUGCAGGCAGCCCAGCCCUGGGAUGGAUCUCAAAACGAAGUCGAUAACGGGAGUGGAUCUUCAUCGUCUAAUGGAAACGGUCAAAAUAACACCAUUGGAAACAACAGCCAAAGCAUGAGCCAAGAUUUCAAUGGCGCAGCUCGGGCUGCUUGAUUUUGUGAACUGCAUACGGCCAAACGAAGAUGCACGAAAUUAUGUUAGUUGAGGCUGAGUUGGACAUACAAGAACAGGAAUGAACAUACGCCAGACAUGCGCCGCCACUUCCAAGUAAUCAAUCUUGCGAAGACACGUGGCUUGGAAACAGUUAUGCGAUGGGUCUUCGGCUUUCAGCAAUCAUAAGGCCAGACGAACAGUACACAGUAAAGGCAAUUAUAACCAUCUGGAGUUUGGACAACCUAUCUCGAUCAGGAUAGAGUGAGAAAGUUAGGAAUCAAUCAAGUCUUUCUAAGUUCACGUGAGGCUGCCCGUCUUUUGUCACUCAUGCGAAAACUGUACCAUAAUAUGAGUAGAUUAACCUAUUGCCAGCCACAAUGGCACGCAAACCUC